AAAAAAAACUUUCGUUUUCGUGCUGCUCUCUCUCACUCAUCUCGCCGCCGUCGCGUUUGCCGUUUACCGUUAACGGUUAAAAGUUAUUCGUUCUCGCUUUCGUUUCGGUGGCUAAUUGUUGUUGUUGGUGCGGUUGGUGGCCAAAAACCAUGAAAAAAUAAGCCCAAAGGAUAAAGGAUAUAGGCAUAAAAGGAUCCAAAAGGAGCCAAGAAAGGCUAAAAGUGCAAAAUAACCACCGCAAAAUGGCAAAUGGCAACUGGCAUGGCGGAGAAAUGGCGAAAAGGAGCAAUCCAAAUGGCAAGAGCCAAGGCCAAUGAAAAAUAGUUGAAUUCCUAGUUAUUUUAAAUACCCUUUUUCGUUCCCAAAGCAACCCAGUGCAAUAUAAAUUAGCCAAAAAACACAAACCGCUUCUAAAUAAUCAUAAUCAUUCAGUAAUUAAGUAAAAAAAAUUGGAAAUAAAACUCAUCAAGGAGAGAAGAACCGAAUCCGAAUCCGAAUCCGAAUUGGAAUCCGAAUCCGAAGAGCUAAAAAGAAAAAAUAUCGAUUGGAGGAGAAAACACGGAUUUUGGCAAAAUUCCGGGCGCCAUGGUGGGCCUAUUGAAUCCCAUGAAGUACGGCGACCAUUUCUACGAGCUGUACACGAACAGUACGCGCAGAAAACUUCACAAUGAACGGAAAGCCCUCACAAAGCGGAAGAGUCGGAAGGAGAAGUCCGCUGCUGCGAUGGCGGCUGCCGCCGCUGCUGCGGUUCUGGAGGGGAAUGCCGGAGCCGGAGGUCUAGUGAAUCCUUUGGAUCCACCUCUCGUCAAGGAGCAGAUGAUGAUACUGCCUUCGUUCCCGGUGGCGCACAUAGAACUCGAUCCGAAUGCCUCCAAGUUCGCCGUCUUCUCGGCCAUUCGCUCCACGGUCCUGGAGGCGGAGACCCGCUAUGCCCUGUUCCAGGAGGGCGGCCCCAACGGUGGCCACUCCGGUUCCGGGUCGAAGAAGUGGCGCGGCGGACCGCUUAGCUCCUCCUGCUGUGCCAUGUGCGAGCACAGCUGCAUGGCCAGCAACAUCCUGGACUGCUCCUGCCACGCCCAGCUGGCAUUGGCGGCGGCGGCAGCUGCACCCGCCGGCGGGGAUGGUGGACGAAUGGCUCCGGGCGGUCCGCCAGCCCCAGCUCCAGUAGUCGUUGGCGGCGGACCCGGGCUGCCCGGAAGCGAGAAGAGAUCGCGACGGGAUAGCGCCAAUAGCGAUGCCGAUUCCGAUACGGAGGAGCCCGCCGAACGGGAGCCGGUCUACGCCACUGUGCCCCUCAUCGUGGGCGCCGGGCUGAGGAGUCUCUUCGAGCUGAUAGCCGACGCCCGGCACGUCCAUCCCCUGCUCUGCACCAAGGCGCUGAAGGCCCUCCUCGACGUCAUCCAGGGCCAGCAGCCGGAGAGCUUCAAGCUGGAGCCGGAGGAGCUCAUUAAUCCGCUGUAUGACCUGCUCCUGGAUCUGGCCACCAUGCCGGCGGCCCUUAACUCGGCCACCGGAGCGGAGGCCAAUUGGUCGGCCAUGGCCUGUGCCGCCCUCCUCGGCCUGUGCAUCGCCCGCGGGGACACCGGCAAGAUGCUGAAGGCCAUCGCCGCCAUGCUGAUGACGCCGCGCCAGCUCUCGGCCCAGAUCGUCCAGCUGCCGGUGGUCCUGGCCACUCUCCAGCACACGGUGAUCAGUGCGGCGCUGAACAAGCCCACCCGACCGGACUUCCACAGCCACGGAGUGCCGCACAACUCCCUGAUCGACGAGUUCCCGCUGAAGCUACCACAUCUGGGGGGAGCAGGAGGCCCCACCACCGCACCGGCCAUGGCCUGUGACGGUGUCUUCGUGUAUCUACUGUACGGCGGAACGCUGCUGAAGAUCGGCACCGGGUUCGGGGGCUCCUACAAGGGACAUGUCUAUGCCCAGAACGAGGACUUCAGUCGGGAGCGCAACGCCUGGCUGGGCUACAGUGGCGGGCAGUUGUACUUCCGGCGCACCUGCCGACGGAGUGCCGGGGAUCAGCUGCAGCUGGUGGGCCUGGACACGCUGGCCAUCAAGGCGAUGAGUCCCCUGAGCAUGCUCCACAUGCGCGAGGGCCUCAACUACGUCCUCUUCACGGAUGACGACUCCCUGCACGCCAUCUGCAGCAACCGGGAUGACACUCUGGUGGUGAAGAAACUGAAUCUCUACCACAACAGCUACAACAGCGAUCCGCCGCCCUUCGAACUGCCCCUCCAGCUGGCCCGGAAGAAGUUCCGGACCCUGGGCUAUGCGGCGUUCGAGGACGAGCUGCUCAACCAGCACCAGAUCCAGCGCAUCCAGUCGGCGCACAACAGCUUCGAACCGAAGCUCCCAGCACCGUGCCGGGACUCGGACGUGGACGUCCUGGGCAUGGCCUGUGGCAAGGAAUUCGGCCUGGUCCGGGCCAGCAACGGACGGGUCUACUACUACGGCAAGUCGGCGGCCCUCGGCCUGAAGUGUGUGGGCCGGACACCCACCCUAAAGCUCACCGAACUGAUCAUCUCCAAGGCGGCCAACAUAGUCCAUGUGGCGGUGGGUCAUGACGGCAUCCAUGCCCUUCUGGUCAAUGAGGAUGGAACUGUUUACUUUGCGGGGACGGCGCGACGGGGAGAGGACGGAGACAGCAGCAAGAAUCGGCGACAACCGAAGGCCGUGAAGCCCAAGAAGAUGACCAAAAUCGAUGGGCAUGUGGUGGUGCAUGCCGCCUGCAACAACGGCACCUCCGCCUUCGUCACCAAAAACGGGAAGCUCAUCAUGUACGGCAAGGACACGGCCCACUGCGACGCCAUGGGGUUUGUCAGUGAACUGCUCGACCAGCACGUGACCAAGGUGGCUCUCGGCAAGGCCCAUUGUGUGGCCCUCAAUGCCAAGGGGCAGCUCUUCUCGUUCGGGCUGAACAACAAGGGCCAGUGCGGCAGGAUAUUCAACAAGUUGCAGCCGGUCAAGGAUGUGCCCUCGUUCGCCUCAUCCUCCUCGGCGGCUGCCGCCUGUUUUGCAUCCUUGCUGCCACUGGACAAGCGCCUCAAGCUCGACUUCUCCACGCUCUGUGACUACGAUGACCACAAUCUGGUGCAGGGCCAGUGCCGGGUGUGCGUCAUCUGUCGGGAGUGCACCGGCUACAAUGUCAGCUGUGUCUCGGCCUUGAACGUCCCCCUGGAGCAGCGGCAGGCGGGCAGCAUCUGUCCGUGUGGUCAUGGGGAUGCCGGGUGUGCCAAGUGCGGCCUGUGCGCCUCCUGCAUCGCCCUCCAGGACAACGAGAGCACCAAGAUCGAGAUGAAACCUCUGCCCAGCGAUGUCCAGCAGCGACAGCAGCGCUCCAAGACCCUCAUCAUGCGCCGCAAGGAGCGCAAGGGUGAACUGGAGACUGGAGCGGCUGGCGGAGGAGCUGCCACGCCCACCGACCUGGACAAAGAUCCGCCUCGAGUGGCGCCCCUAGCCCCACAACUGCUGCAGCUGCCCAGUUCCUCGCCGGUGGUCCAAGUGGCCUGUGGACUCCACCACACGGUGGUGCUGACCCUGGCCGGGGAGGUGUACACUUUUGGGAGCAACCAGUACGGUCAGCUGGGCAGCGGCGACCUCCAGCCGGUGAGCGGUCCUGUCCGCGUCCAGGUAACGGGCGCCAUCAGCCAGGUGGCUGCCGGGAGCAACCACACCGUUCUGCUGACCUCCAAGGGCAUGGUCUACACCUUCGGCAACUACCAGAAGGGCCAGCUGGGUCGCCUGCCCAGCGAUUUCGGUCCAAAGCCACAAACAUCGUCGUUAUCCGGCCAGGAAGAUGAAUCUCCUGUCGGAGGAGCAGCCCCAAGUGGCGGGGAGUCAACCAAGGACUCUGUCCUGCCCGGUGGCUCCAAGGAGCUGCCACCACUGAGUGGACCCAUUCUCACCCAGCGGCAGAAGUUCCUCUGGAACUGUUCACCCGGAGCCGUGUUCGGCCUGGGUCCCAGCUACGGCAAGAAGGUAACCUGGAUUGGCGCCAACGGAGACCAGACCUUCAUCAAGAUCGACGAGUCCCUGAUCACCGCCCAGAUGCUUCCCAAGAUGCACGUGGUGGCCAACAAGAAGACCAUUCUGCUCAUCCCCAGCCUCCCACUCUCCUUCCACACGCUCUCCAUCAACCGGCGGGAUGGCAGCUGCACGGCCCACUACCGCGGCCAGUCCAACUUCGACCAGCUGCUGCACGCCCAGCCGCCGGGUCAGUCCCUUCACGAGAUCAACCGGAACGUGGACGUGGUGGUGACACCAGUCGCCAGUGAUCCACCAGCAGCUCCAGCCACUGGCUCCUCCUCGCUGUUCACCGCCCUGGCGGGCACGGCCACGGCCGGAGUGCCCAUCAACGAGCAGAUGUCGCGGAGCAUGCACGAGGCCAGGAAUCAGAUAUUCGAGGAGCAACAGGUGGACGGAGGUGGAGGAGGUGGAGGAGCAGCAGCGACCAGUGCAGGAGUAGCACCAGCCGGGGUGGCCUCUACUCCUCGCCAGCGACGGGGUGGAAGGCCAAGCCGGCAGGAGGCCGGAGGCUCACAUUCCCCGGAUCCUGUCCCGUCGCCGCCCCAACUCGCCUUCGCCAUGGAUCCCACCUACAAUGUGCUGUGGGUGUUUGACGGCGUGGGCAGGAAGCUGCGGUGCCACAAUGUGGUGGCCAGCGACAUCAACGAGAACGAUGGGAACUCUGCCAACUACCGGGCACUGCUCUCCCCGGAACUAUCGCUGCCCAGUCGCCCGGACUCGCGGGUGGCCAGGUCGCAGGCUUCACUCAAUCUCCUCGCCUGCCUGGACAUCCUCACCUCGGCCCAGGACAACAUCCCCGGCUGUUUCGAGCAGCCGCUGCCCAAGCCCACCCAGCAGACGGCGGAGGCGCAGAGCGGUGGCGACUACCAGGUGGUCAGUCGGUUUGACAAUUUCGGCGGCGGCUGGGGCUACUCCGGACACAGUGUGGAGGCCAUUAGGUUCGCAGCGGACACGGAUAUCGUGAUCUGUGGCUUCGGGAUGUUUGGCGGCCGGGGAGAGUACAGCUGCAAGCUGAAGCUGUACGAUCUGGGCGGCGAUGGCGGUGGCUACGAGAAGGAGGGCGUCCUCAUCAGCGAGACCAAGGAGGUGCCGUACGAGUGCGGGGCAAGGAGCAAGCAUCACAUCCUGCUGCCCAAGCCAGUGAGUGCGGCGGCCGGUCGGUGGUACCUGGUCUGGGCCCGCAUCGCAGGACCCUCGUCCGAUUGCGGAUCCUGCGGCCAGGCCUCCGUGACCACCGAGGAUCAGGUGGUGUUCUCCUUUAAGAGCAGCAAGAAGGCCAACAACGGCACCGACGUCAACUCCGGCCAAAUCCCAGCCAUCCUCUACCGGCUGGUCACCCAGGACUGCAAACAGACCCCGGCCCAGAUGGAUGCCGAUCCCGUCCAGCGGAUCUCUCGCGCCUUCGCCAACAGCGUCAGUCGGGAGUGCUUCGAGAGUCUGGUGGUGUUGCUCAGCUGGUCCUGGGACUGUUUCAAGACCCAAUUGCGGGAGGAGCGGGACAGAUCCCGGCCCCUGCAGCUCCAGCAGUCGCUGCAGUACCUCGGCUACGUCAUCAAGUCCUGCCUGCGACUCCUCCGGAAGUACACCAACGAGAUCUAUCCCCAGAAGAGCUCUGCAUCUGGAUCAACUGGUGGCUCCAAUGCCCUGGCCAAAGGAAAGACUAAAGAAAAAAAUCAAUCGAAAAAUCAACCGAUGUCGAAGUAUUUUGGUGACUCCUCGCCCUCUAUGGCGCCGGCCACCUCCAGCAGCAUGGGGAUAACAUCCUCGGGAGCCGCUGGGGCAGCCUCUAGCUCCACGUCGGGGGCGAUCGCCACCUGCUCGUCCUCACAGGCCGUGAGUGGCACUCCGAUGACGCGAAAGACGAAUAUGGAGAACAUCCAGUUGGCUGAAUGUAUCGGUAACGUCCGUGCUCUCCUCAUUGGGAUCUUUUGUGACGACAUCUUCAAGGACAUAGCCACGGAUGAGGGUUAUGUCCUGGUGCUGGAGAUCCUGGACGAGUGCCAUCUCAGUUUUGUGGCCUGCUUCGACGCCUUCUAUCCGACAUCCUCGCUGAAGUGGAACUGUCUGUGCGACCUCCUGGCCCAGAUGGACCGGGGGGCCCUGCACUCCCGGCUGUUGAGCGCCAUCCUGGCGGGUCUCUGCUCCCCCAACGUCAAGCUGAGAGCCACCUUCUCGCUGCUGAGUGCCGCUGGGAAUGAGAGGCAGUCCAUCAUCAGUCCGAGUGACAACUCCGGCCUGCCCAUGCUCUCCUCGACGGAGGCCCAUCCCUAUCCGGUGCUGGUCGAACAGAUGAUAUACCGGACGCAGCAGGAGAAGAGCGACUUUCUGAGCAACUCCUGGACGUUUAAGGAUGUGCUGGUGCGCCUCCUGGACAUCAUUGCCAGUCCGAUACGCUCCCGGAUCGAGGCCAUCUACAGUAGGAGCUUCGGCAGUCUGGGCGGAAGUUAUCCCGGCGCUGGGAAGGAGUGUGGCGUCAACCAGGGACUCAUCGACAACUGUUGCCAUCUGCUGGCCCGGGUGCUGGCCGAGAUCGUCUACCAGACGGCGAUGGGCGAGUACGACAAGAUGUUCCUGCCGCCACGCACUCUCCACUCCACGGGAUCGCGGUUCGCCCGCUGCGACGUCAGCCGGACCUGGAACACGGGCAACUUUGGCCCGGACGCCAUCGCCUUUUCGGUGGACCGACCCGGAGUGGCCAUAGCCGGGGCCAUGAUCUACUCCGGCUCCGGUAGCUACGACUACCAGCUGGAGCUGCUGUUCGACAAUACGGCGGACCUGCAGCCGCAACACAAGUGGGAGACUUUGGAGUCGGUGUCCGGCACCUACGACCAGGAGAUCGUCCACAACGACCUGGCGGAGAUUAAGUUCGAUCAUCCGGUCCACAUCAAGGAGAACGCCCGAUACGCCCUGAGGCUGUGCUCGCAGGGAGCCAGGACGUGCUCGGGGGAUGCUGGGAUGCCGGCUGUUAGAGGACCGUGUGGCACCCAGUUCCACUACUAUGCCUGCGACUUGAGCUUCAAUGGAACGACUCCGGCGAGGGGACAAAUACCCUGCAUCCUCUACUACAGUACUCCGGUGAAGCAGGACGUUGGCGGGCCGGCAGGACGCGGAGGAGGAGGAGGAGGAGUGCCAGGAAUAUCAACUGCUGGCGGCGGAGGAGUCGGAGGCGGCGCACCAUCCAUCCCCGAGGAUAGGCAGAUCCUGUUGGGCCCCCAUGAGGUCUCCACCAGGGAUACUGCCCUCCAGAUAGCCGCUGACAUCACCAAGAAGUGCACCGAGCUGCUCAUCCUGGCCAGGAACGCCAUGGCCGCGUCGUGCUCCCCCUCGGACAACAGUUCGAAUCACACCCAGACCAUCGACUCGGAGCACAACAUCACGCCCAUCGAGGAGCACAUGGACAUCAACUGGGCGAACAACUCCCGGACAGCUGCCCUCCCGCCCACUGUGGUGGUGGAUCCCCAGCUAUCCACCGCUAGGGACCUGGGCAAGCGCAUCGAGUCCUUCUCCAAGGGCAUCAUGGAGACCCUCAAGUUCGACAAGCGCUCCACGAAUCCGUUCGAGAUGGAGAUCGAGAUUGGAGCCACGGAGAUCGGGGUGGAGGACACGGCGGCCGAUCUGAGGAACGGCCAGAGCCAGAGUCAGUGCCAGAGUGUGCCCAUCAAUGGGAAUGAACGGACGACGGACUACGACCUGGCCGAGCAAUCGAUGGCCCAGCAAGUCCUGCACUCGGACUCGGAGGAGGCGCCCCUGGAGGCGGCAGCCAGUAGUGGUGGUGGUGGCGGAGGAGAAGGCGGCGGCGGUGUUGGGAAUGUGUCCAGCCAUGUGGCAGCCGUCCAGCUGCUGGAGGUCUUCAAUCGCUCCGCCUCCAACAUGUUCCACAUCCUGCUGCCGCUGGUCUACGCCCAUAUCGCCAAUCUGGCCUGCAGCGACCCGAAGAGCUCCGUCCAGAUCCUGGGCCUCAUCAAGGAGAUACUCCCGCACAUCGCCGCCCUGAAUCAGUUGCAUGUGUCCAAGGAGCAACGGCAACCGGAACCGGCCUUGUUCCCCACCUCCGGCUCGUCCAGCUCCUCCAGUUCCUCCAGCUCCACCACCAGCAACCACUACUGCAUCGUGGAGAGCGACCAUCCCUACCGGAGUGCCAGCAUCAGUUGCUAUCGGGUCGAGUUCCCGCCCUGCGUCCAAUGGCUCACCAUUGAGUUUGAUUCCCAGUGUGGCACAGCCCAGCUGGAGGACUAUCUGUUACUGUCCAUCCCGAUGCGACCACCGCCGUCGCCAUCCCAGAUGCAGGCCGGCUGCCAGGCGGAGGAGUACUGCGAACAGAUGGAUGCCCAGGACAGAAGGCGGCCGGGAACGGGAGGUUCUGGCUCGGGCGGAGGCACAGGGACUGUGAAGUCCGCCGGCGUCCAACUCACCAUGGCCAGCUGCUGUCGUUCGCCCGGAAACCAGCCCGGAAGUGCCAUUCCCCUGCGCAGUCAGGACACCACCGAAAAGGAGUGGAUCAUGGUCAAGAAGUUCAAUACCGCCUCCAAUUGGCUCCAGAACGUGCUCAUCCUGCCCGGAAACUGUGUGGAGUUCUCCCUGGAGACUGCCUCCUUGUACGCCCAGGAUCCGCACAACAAUCGCUAUGGAUUCAAGUGCCUGGUGGUGGGUUACGACAAUCCCACAGCAAUCAAUGCCAGCAACUCGUGUCUGAUACGGUUGGAGCAGGAACUGGCCUACCUGGGCGGCAUGUGCAGUGCCAAUCUGAUGAAGAAGGAGCUCAACUUGCCAGACGACAAGGAGGUGGAGGACGUGAGUGGCAUUGAGGAGACCAUCAGCGCCCAUCAUGCCCUGCUCUCGAAGGGAUUUGCCUUGUCGGAGCCCCACCUGACAGUUCAUCAGGCCCUGGAAUCAUAUCUACCUAUAGGAUCCCAAUCAAAUGAGAGACAGUUCCUCAAGGACUUUAUUAGCGGAGCACCUGGCUCCUCGGGCGCUCGACUGGCGGCUUGGUUGCAACCAGAAUCGCGCUUGGAUCCCAAUAGGUGCGAACUCAACACCAUUACGGAGCCAUUGCGUUACGGAUGGCCCACCCAGGUAACGGUGACUAUCCGGGAUCAGUAUGGCGAUGCUGUCCUAGUGCCCGAACUGAAGGUAGAAAUAAAGGCAAUACCGACGGGUUCCGGUCCAAAUGGUACAAGUGGAACGGGAGGAUUUGGACCCCCGGGAGGAUCAACGUUGCGAAUGCGACGGGCCUCCUGCUCGGCCGGGGAUUUGGGCGGAAUGGCGCCGCCACCGCGUCUCAACUAUGAACCGACCACCAAGGAGAAGAUGUGCUUCAAGGCCAUCACCUUCAUGAAGCCCUUCACCAACUACUCGUUCGAGGAGCUGCGCUACGCCAGUCCGAUCCAGACACGGAUCACCGAAUCCCUAAAUGCCCGCGACAUGGAGGAUGGCACGUUUAGUGUCCAGUGGACGCCCAGUUCGGUGGGCAGUUACUGCCUGGCGGUGACCAUUGAUGGUAUACCAUUGGAGGAGGUGUAUCGGGUGGAGGUCAAGGAGGGUGUCCUGCCACCGCCCACCCAAAAGAACAGUACCCAGCGCAGGCCCCAGGCACCCAGUAAACUGCGACGUUUUCAGGCUCGACAUAGUUCUGGUUUAAGGAUCCGUUCGCAUCCCACACUACAGUCCGAGCAGGUGGGCGUGGUCCGGGUGGGCGGGAUCAUAUCCUUCAUCGAUGAGAUCGAAAACGACGAUGGCAUCUGGCUGCGUCUCUCCACGGAAUCCAUCCGCCAGCACUGCACCAUGGGCUGGUAUCCGACGGAGGCCUGGUGCUUGCAAUUCAAUCAGCAUCUGGCCCGGACACUUCUCCAGCCGGUGACCGACAAGGAGUUGGCGCCUGCGACGCAGAAAACCAAGCAGUCGGAUAAUCCGGAGGAGGAGGAGGAAGAGGCGCCGCCGGAAAGCCCAACAGCCAGUGGCGAGGCCAGUCCGGAGCCGGAACAUGAGCCCAACCGGGAGCCAAGUCCCGUAAUGAGUCCGACAAAGUCCAAAAACCGUAGUUUUCUGUCCGGUUCCUCGUCCACGAACCCAUUUUUGUAUCCCGCACGUCCCGAACGGGAUCUGGAGUUGGAUGAGGAGGCGGAGCUGAAAGGGCCAUCCCAAGAGGGCCAUCUCGAGGAGGCAGCCAACGCGGAGGAGGACUCCGAGGAUCAGCAAAAGGAGCAGGAACAGGAAGCCCUGGCAGCCGUCGCUACGGAGCUGCUGCCGGCCAAUAUUGGCUCCGCCAUAGCCGGGGUGGUGGGCGGAGGCGCCAUCAAGUUGCAGGCCCUGCAGAAAUGGUUCAAGGGCGACGCCGUCGAGGGAGCCCAACCCCUGACUCCGUCCCACUCGCCGCCACUGGCCGGGGUGUCUGUGAGGGAACUGGUCCGCGCCAUGGGCGGCCAGGAGGCUGCCCCGCGGAGCGGUAAUGGCAAUCGGGGCAGGGACCGGGACCGGGAUCGAGACAGAGACCCGGACCAGGAACCGGAGUUCAGCCUGGCCAGCAUGCGGAGACCCAAUUACUCGGCCAGCCAAACAGCCGCCCUGCUCUCCACCCCGAAGCACACGCCCAAGCGAAGUGCCGCCUGCAUCCUGCCCACGGACGCCACCAGUCUGGAGGAUGAGCUGAGUCUCCUGCAGAUCACCACCACGGGCCAGGGGGAACAGCAAAGCUGCGAACUGCAGCUGGCCACCACCUCGACCUCCGCUACGGCAUGCAUAUUGUCCUCCAAACGGAGCAUGGGUCCCAUCAAGAGGGCGAUGCCGCCAUCCUUCGCCGAGAGCAUCAGGGCCGUAUUCGCCGCCCUCCUCUGGCACGAGGGCAUCGUCCAUGACGCCAUGGCCUGCGCCAGCUUCCUCAAAUUCCACCCCGGACUGCCGAAGGAAGGUGCCACAGUGGUUACCCGACGGGGCGAGGGCGGAGAUGCCCGGUUGCAGCUGUCCAGAGAACAGAAGGCCCAGCAGCGGCACUCCGUGGAGGUGGCCAAUGCCGGUAACUACCUGAACAUCCGACCAUCCACCCUGGAGACCCUCACCAAGAGCGGCAACUGUUCGCUGCACAAUCGAAGCAAGCACCGGAAGAACCUCCUCAACCAAGGCGGCGAAGAUCCCGCCCAGAAACUGCAGGCUCUGCCCGAAGUGGUGAGUGUCCUGCCGCCGGCACUGCGCUGUCUGGUUUAUCUCUGGGAGCAGAUAUGUUCGGGCUGUGUCCAGAUCGUGCAGUCCAAUGCUUUGGAGCAGAGGGAACCACGUCUACUAUCGCCCGGCGGUAGUCGGGACACGAAUGGUGGCGACGGAGACACCGACUCCAAGGAGGGCAAGUCGGGCAGCGACCAUGGAGCCAACAACGAAAAGGAGCUGGGCAGGAAGUGUAAGCGGAAGAAGAAGGACGACGGCAGCUGGUGCGAGAUCUGUGAACUAUUCCUGCCCAUGCCGGUCACCUAUCACAUGCGGAUCGCCCAUCCCGGAUGCGGAAAGUCGGCCAAGGGCAAGGGCUACAAUUCCGUGGGCAUUUUCUGCGAGGGCUGGGCCGGCAACUGCGGCGAAGGCGGCAAGGGGGCCUCGUCCUGGUUCCUAAUGUGUGAUCCUUGCCGGGAUCGGUAUCUAUCCUCCUGUCGCAGCGUCAACAACAUCAACAGUUCGGCCCGCCAGCAGGAGUCCCUGACGACGGAAGCCAACGAACUGAAUCUCUUUGGCGUCAAGUCCACCACCUUGAUAGCCAAUGCCGAAGUGUACACCACCAUGCGGGAGAAUGCCACAUUCCUGUUGGAGCUCUGCUCCAGUUCCAGCUCGGCGACGGUGACCGGAACAGGGACUGGUAUCGUUUCGGCAUCCGUUUCGGGCAGUGGCACCAAGCGAUCGCCCCAACAGAUGUCCUCCGGCAUGCCCGUGGUCAUUGAGCACCAUCACUCCCAGUUGGGCAACUCGGAUCUCAAGCCGAGCACCAGUCGGUGCAGCCGGAUGGCCCGGCUGAGUGGCAGCAAGUUCUGUGCGGUUGGCGGCGCCUUCCGGAAGAGUUUCGUGGGAGCACCGCCGGCGACGCCGGAGAAUGUGUGGCUGGCGCCGGAGAGCUUCGCCUGCCUGGAGUGCCUGGGCACGGCCGGCCACGAGGAUCUGCCCUACGAGAUGUUCGGCCUGGGUCCCAACUCCAACGACAAUGGAUACGACAGGCCCUUGUCGGAGAUCUCAUACGAGUCCUGCGAGCCCAACAACUUCGAUCUCCUGUCCGGAUCCCUGGCGGCGGGUGGAGGAGCUGGCACUUCUGUCAGUGCCGGCGGCAACCUGUCCAAGUUCCAUCGCAGCUACUCCAUGGGUCAGGGGUGGGCGGCUCUGGCGCAGCAGCAGCACCAGCAGAUGAGCCACCACCCGCAGCAGGCGCCCCCGGUGCCGCUGUACGCGCCCCAGCAACAGCAGCAGCAGCAACAACAACAACAGCUCCACCUGCAACUGCAACACCAGCAACAGCCCCUGCUGGAGGGGCAGCCCAAGGUGAUAUAUCGGCGGAGGAACAACUCCACCAGCGAGGGCGAUGGGUCGCUGCUGAUCUGCUAUCCCUCGGAGCACUUGCGGCGCCUGGUGCCUCAGAAGCUACUGGCCAGUGUUUCGGUGUUGCAACAAGCAGCGGCAGCAGCUGCAGCUGCAACAACAGCAGCAACAUCGGCUGCCGAGGGCUCGGGGGGCAAGGACCAUCCAGUCUCCCAGGAGGGCAGCCAGUUGCUGACCCGUCCGGCCAUGGCGUUCAUAACCCAGAAACACGAGCUGGACAGGCUCAGGGCGGCCAUGAAACGGAGUCUCCGGAUAGCCGCCUGUCGCAUCUACGCCCUCCAGGCCCUCAACUGGCUCCUGCGAAGCGUCACCCAGGGCGUGUGCCUCCACGACCUAAUGUGGUGGUUCGUCAGCUCACUGACCCCCACCGGCGGAGGCGGAGGUCACACACCGGAGGGCAGCAGCCGGGUUGCGGAAGAGUCAUCAGAGUUCGCCCUGGAGCAUCCGGUGGCCUACACCCAGAUCAGUGGCAAGUUCGCCCAUUUGAUCACCCAGUCCCUGCACGUCCUCCUCCAGUCCGUGGCGGAUCUGACGCUGCAUCUGCCCCUGGGCUCACCCCUGCAGCGAGCGGCGAUCCAGUGUUUUGGCAUCCGUUUCCGGCAGGCCGAUCACCAGUUCCUGCACAGCUCCCACGUCUUUGGGAACAUAUCGAAGAUACUGUCCAAAUCGGACGAACAAAACGACGCGAUGGCGGUGUCCACUAUCCUGAAAGCGGAGAAUCACUGCGAUGCGGAGCACAAUCAGGUUAGCUUGGCGCCAACAGGUGCCUCUGGAGCUGGGGCCCGGGUUCUCUGCUAUACGGAUUUGGCUGGAAUGUUUGAGGUCACUGUCUCCUCGCGUCCCGCCAUGGCCGAAUCCCUGACAGACAACUCAACGGAAACGUUCUGGGAGAGCGACGAGGAGGACAGGAACAAGUGCAAGAUCAUCGAGUUGUCCCUGACGAAGCUGAACUAUGCCUGCCGGUAUCUGUUGGUCCACAUCGAUAAUAGCCGGGAUAUACAGAACAAGGUCCUCAAUGUGGUGUUCUAUGCCGGGCAAUCCCUGGGCGACACCAAUGUGCUCAAGUCCGUGGAUGUGGAUCCCAAGGCCUGUUCCUGGAUCUCGGCCAAGAUAAGCGACGAUAGCUGCACCCACUUCCGCCUGGAGCUGCACGGCCCGGAGAAUACGCUGCGAGUCCGUCAGAUCAAGUUGCUCGGCAUGCCCACCAGCCAUGGUGUCACUGGAGUCCACGAGGACGAUCACAAGCACCAUCCGCCGAGCCACCAUCAUCACCAGCAACCCCACCUGCGCCUGAGCCAUGCCGCCCGCAUCCAGCAGCAGAUCUGUGAGGCGGAGACCCUGAGAGUCUUCCGGCUGAUAACCGGCCAGGUCUUUGGCAAGUUAAUCAGCAACGUGGGCUCGGAUCUGGUGCCGCCGGACUCCGCGGGAUUAGCGCCGCCCAGCAGUGCUGGGGCCACCAACAGCACCUCCCUGCUGGCGGACUCUCUGGACCUGCGGGAGCAUAUGGUGGGCAUACUGUUCUCCAGGAGCAAGCUGUCGCAUCUCCAGAAACAGGUCAUCGUGCACAUCGUCCAUGCCAUUCGGAAGGAGGCGCAAAGAGCCAAGGAGGACUGGGAGCUGGCCAAUCUGGCGCACGUCCUCAAGCAGCCACCCCAAACCCUGCAAGCCCCCGCCCCCAAUCCGGCCCCAGCCAGUGCUGAGAGUACGCCGGAACGGAGUCGAGCUCCGGAUACCUAUUGCUUCGAAAUGUUGAGCAUGGUCCUGGCCCUUUCCGGCAGCGUUGUGGGCCGCUCCUACCUGUCGCAGCAACAUGGACUACUCCGGGAUCUGCUGGGUCUCCUGCACACCGGAAGCGAUCGGGUGCAGCGCCAGGUGACGGCGCUACUGCGUCGCAUUCUGCCGGAGAUCACCCCGGAGAGCUUUGCGGAUCUUUUGGGAGUACAACGACUGCCGCCGGCGGACUACAGCAUCGCCCAUCAGAGUGCCAGUGACUUCGAUAUGAGCCGCCUGGGCAUCCUCGACAUAUUCCUGGCCGUGAUAGCCAAGUCCUUGCAGCUGCAGGUUAAAGUGAAGACCACAGCGGGAUCCGGGGGAGGAGCUGCUGGAGCCGGAGGGGCAGCCACUUCCUCGCUCAAACCAGGACAGCAGGAGAAGACUCCGGCUUUCGUCCGGCUAUGCAGUUCCCUGGAUCUCUCCGUGCAACAGCUCCAGCGCUCGUCCAGACCACCAACUGGCGAGCACGCCUCCACCACCGAUCCCUUCCAGUUCGACCCACUGCCGCCGGUGCCGCGCAAGGAGUCCAAGAGGAAUCUCAAUCAGCGCUGGUUCCUCAACGGUCUGAUCUCCACCAAGCAGGCGGAGAGCAUCAUCGGACUAAUCCGGGAUCUGGCCAGCGGAAAGCUGAGCGAGAAAUGGUCCCAAAUCACCAAGGCGGCCAUCGCCGAGUCCGUUCUGAAUCUGACCCGUCUGGAGGAGAUCUAUCGGACGCCGGAGCACUGCACCAAGACGGCCACCCUCUGGCUGGCACUGGCCAGCUUGUGCGUCCUGGAACGCGACCACGUGGAGAAGCUGUCCUCGGGACAGUGGUCCAAGCUGUGCGACACCCGGCCACUGUGCACCAAUCACGACGACGGGGAGACGGCGGCCAUCAUUCAGUGCGAGACCUGCGGAUCCUUGUGCGGCGACUGUGAUCGCUUCCUGCAUUUAAAUCGCAAGACGAGAACCCACAAGAGAACGGUCUGCAAGGAGGAGGAGGAGGCCAUAAGAGUGGAACUGCAUGAAUCCUGCGGUCGUACCAAGCUCUUCUGGCUCCUGGCCCUGGCGGACUCCAAAACUCUGAAAGCCAUGGUGGAGUUCCGGGAUGGCAGCCACACCAUCAUCUCUGGGCCCCAGGAGGCGGUGGGUCGGUGUCGGUUCUGUGGCCUCACCGGCGAUUCGGGUCUGCUGGAGAUUGGAAAUGUGUGCGCGGAUGCCCAGUGCCAGGAGUACGCGGCCAACUCCUGCCUGAAGACCAAACCCUGUGGCCAUGCCUGUGGCGGCGUGGCCGGAGAGAGAAAGUGUCUGCCGUGCUUGCAACACGUGUGCCAUGCCAGGGAGAAUGAAUUGGCGGAGGAGCUGAGGGAUCCGAAACUCACCCAAGAUGCGGAUGACAUGUGCAUGAUUUGCUUCGUGGAGGCAGUCUCCUGUGCUCCCGCAAUACAUUUGGAAUGUGGCCAUGUCUUCCACUACCACUGCUGCAAGGCGGUGCUGGAGAAGCGCUGGAGUGGGCCACGCAUCACCUUCGGCUUCUCGCUGUGUCCCAUUUGCAAGGCGGACAUUCAGCAUCCCCUGCUGGCCGACAUCCUGGAGCCCAUCAACUCCCUAAAGCAGGAUGUCAAGCGGAAGGCACUGAUGAGAAUCAAGUACGAGGGCGUGGUGAAGGACACGGAAAGCAAGGACAUCAACAUGACCCAACUGGCGAUGGAUCGGUAUGCCUACUAUGUGUGCUUCAAAUGCCAGAAGGCCUACUACGGCGGCGAGGCACGUUGCGAUGCGGAAAUUGGCGAGAAAUUCGAUCCGGAGGAGCUGGUCUGCGGCGGCUGUUCGGACGUGGCCCGGGCACAGAUGUGUCCGAAACAUGGCACCGAUUUCCUGGAGUACAAGUGCCGCUACUGCUGCUCGGUGGCGGUGUUCUUCUGCUUUGGAACGACACACUUUUGCGACACCUGCCACGACGACUUCCAGCGGCUGACGAACAUACCCAAGGUGAAGCUGCCCCAGUGCCCGGCCGGGCCCAAGGCCAAGCAGCUAUUGGGCGACGAGUGCCCGCUCCAUGUGAUGCAUCCGCCCACCGGCGAGGAGUUCGCCCUGGGCUGCGGUGUUUGCCGCAAUGCCCAAACAUUUUAGCCACAUGCAGGAUUUAGAUCCAAUGAUCACAAGGAGGAGGACGACGGCGACGAUGAGGACGAGGACGAGGAUGACGACGACGACGAUGAUGACGACGAGGAUGAGGUGUCGCCACCCACAUGGAUGGGUCUAUGGUCACACUCCGACGACUCCCAGACAUACCUGUAAAGGAAUCGUAAUCCUUCCUUACAUUCCAUCACACAUCGGAAAUGAAAUAUAGAAUCUGAAGCGGCUAUAGUUAUUUUCUAGGUUAGCAGAUAUUGGUAAAAGGAUAUCGUCAAAGGAUAUCGGAAAUUUAAAAAGAGAUUAGCAAAUAGCAUAUUAGCAUAUUCUUUUCACGGGCAAUAUUGUUUUUAACACGCGAAUCUCCCAAGCAAAAUGCGAAUUAGAAUCAAACUCACACAUUUUUUUAUAUAAAUAUAUAUAUAUAUAUGUGUAUUAAAUAAUUUAUAUUUAUAUUGAUAUUGAUAUUGAUAUUGUUUCAUGUACAAUCUCCGGAGUCAAGAAGUAUGUGUACAUAAUCAUCUCCCAGCUCUACAAACUCUGGUUCUACUCCUUUCACCUCCAAAUUUCCCUUUGCGUCCCAGGUCCUUGUUCUUGCCCCCCCACUCCUCACCCUUUCUUACACUCCACGAACAGAGGCACACUAUGCGAUAUUUAUAUAUAUACAUUAUUAAAUGCAAGAUAACUAAAAUAUAUUUAUUACGAUCGUAACGAGCGAGAAGGAUGCAAUAAAAAAUCAAUUCUGAAUGUAAAA